AUGUGUACACCUGACGAAGCAGUUCAACAUACUAUGUAUGCUAAUCGAUAUCAACAGAUAAAAAAGCUUGGUCAAGGAAGUUUUGGUACAGCUUAUUUAGUGCAUGAUACAAAAUCUAAACAUGAAAAAAAAGUUUUAAAAGCUAUUUUCAUUGAAGAUGUUUCUCCAAAUGAAUCAUUAGAUGCUGAACAUGAAGCAUCAAUUUUAGCACGACUUCGUCAUCCAAAUAUUGUUCGAUUUUAUGAUAGUUUUAUGGAUGCAAAUCAUUUUUGUAUUGUAACAGAAUAUUGUGAAGAUGGUGAUCUUGAUCAAUAUUUAAAAUCUUUACGUAAACAACGUAGUCGUUUACAAAUGGAUCAAGUUAUUGAUUUAUUUAUUCAACUUGUAUCUGCAAUUAAUUUUUUACAUUCAAAAAAAAAUUCUUCAUCGUGA